AUGGCACAAUGUCAGAGUUUUAUGUUCACACACUUUCCCCUGAUUCGUGAGUCUGGUUAUUAUCUGGAGGCGAGCGAGGAACUAGGGAUGGAAGAAAUUGAGGAUCUAGUGAAAGAAGUGAUUGAGGAGCUAGAGAAAGAAGCAAAUGAGGAGCUAGGAAAGGAAGGGAGCAAGGAGCUAGUGAAGGAGACAUGUGAAGAUCUAGAGAAGGAAGCAAGAGAGGAGCUAGAGAAGGAUAUGAGCAAGGAGCUAGUCAAGGAAGCGAGCAAGGAGCUACUGGAGAAAGCGAGUGAGGAGCAAGAGAAGGAAGCGAGCUAG